UCAGCGAAUAGCUUAGACCCCCAAACGGCCAAACCUCAAGACCUAAGAUGGGGGUUUUCAAAUUGGCUCAAUAUUUUACCAAAUCCAUUCUAAUUUUAGUCAAAUUUGAUUUCUAUCUCCGCAAUAUAUUCCUCCUUUACAAAUCGUGGUUCCGAAAGAAGCUAUGUAUGGAGAGUAUGGGAGAUUUUGGCGUACGCUUUGGAAAUUUAAUUGGAGAUUUAAAAAAUGGGGAAAGAGAGGCAAGCUAUUGGAAGAACAUAGAUAUAGGGUUCAGACUCUUGGUGAAGCCUUUGCAGGUAAUAUUUGUUAAUGGGUAAGAGUUGGAUAAACAUAUUUAAUAGGAACAAUCCCUUAUAUGAGAUCGGAGCCAAAGAGUUUGUUCAGUUUGCGUCAUUGGAUAGGCCUAAUGCAUCUGAAAUCUUGUGUCCAUGUCGAAAGUGUCGUAAUAUGAAAUUUGUGUCAAAAGAUCUGAUUGUCGAACACAUAGUGGUUGAUGGGUUUCUAACUAGUUACACUACUUGGAUUUUUCAUGGUGAGAUAUCAUAUUCAUCAGUGUCUACAAAUCAGUCAGAUAAAGGUGAUGAAAUGCAAGCCUUGGUACAUGAUGCUUUUGGAGUUCCUCCUACUAGUGACUUUGUUGAUAUGGACACUAGUGGUGAUGGAUUUGGUGGGUCAAAUCAUCAUAGGAAGGGGUUUGAUAAGAAGACUGAACAUUUUUUAACUUACUAAAAGAAGCUGAGUGUGAAUUAUACCCUGGAAGCAAAUAUUCACUGCUUUCUUUUCUUGUUCGUCUAUUGCAUCUAAAGUGUCUCAAUGGGUGGAGUAACAAUCCAUUUUCCAUGUUGCUAGAGUUGUUAAAAGAUGCGUUUCCUGAAGGUGAAAUAUUACCCAAGUCCUUUAAUGAUGCCAAGAAAAUUAUUAAAGAUUUAGGACUUGAAUAUAAAAAAAAUACAUGCAUGUCCAAAUUAUUGUAUGAUCUACUGGAAUGAGACAAAAGAUAGAAUAGAUUGUAAUUUUUGCAAAACUCCAAGGUACAAACAGUUUAAAGGUGAAUCAAGUAGUAGUAUGGAAACCUCAAAAAUUCCAGCAAAGGUGUUUAGAUACUUUUCGUUGAUACCAAGGUUUCAACGAUUAUUCAUGUCAUCUAAAACAUCUACUCAAAUGAGAUGGCACGCUGAAGGUUGCACUAGAGAUGGGGUAAUGCGGCACCCUGCUGAUAGUAUUGCUUGGAAUUUUUUUGAUGAAUUGCAUCCAAGCUUUUCUCAAGAUCCUAGGAAUGUUAUAUUUGGGCUGGCUUCAGAUGGCUUUAAUCCUUUCAAGUCUAUGUCUAUCUCACAUAGCACAUGGCCGGUUGUCUUGGUUCCAUAUAACUUGCCACCAUGGUUAUGCAUGAAGCAACCAUAUAUGAUAUUGUCAAUAAUUAUUGAUGGCCCUCGUGCACCUGGCAAUGAUAUUGAUGUCUAUCUUCGACCCUUAAUUGAUGAGUUAAAAGAAUUGUGGGUUGGUGUUGACACUUAUGAUGUAUCAAACAACCAUAUGUUUCAAAUGCGUGCUUCAUUGCUUUGGACAAUCAGUGAUUUUCCAACACUGGAUAACUUAUCAGGAUAUGGUGUGAAAACUAGAUAUCCUUGUCCAUGUUGUCUGACGAAAACUAAAUUUCUGAGAUUGAGAAAUGGGCGAAAAUAUGGCUUCAUGUCACAUAGGAGAUGGUUACCCAAUGGGCACAAGUUUCGAAAAGAUAAAGUUACAUUUAAUGGUUUUAAGGAGUUGGAGGUAGCAUCUAAACGGUUGUCAGGUAUUGAGGUUCUUGAGCAAUUGAAAGAUAUUAAUAAUAAAUUCGGAAAAGGUCCAUCGACCAAAUCUAAUAAAAGAAAAUGGAAUGAUUUUGAUCAUGUUGAUGAUGCCGUAUUGCAAAAUUUGUGGAAGAAAAAGAGCAUAUUUUUUGAGUUAGACUACUGGAAAGACAAUAUGAUUCGUCAUAAUCUUGACACAAUGCAUAUUGAAAAGAAUGUAUUUGACAAUAUAUUUUGGACAUUACUAAAUAUAGAUGGUAAAGGAAAAGACAAUUUAAAUUCUCGUUUGGAUUUGCAAGAGAUGGGGAUUCGAAAGGCUUUGCACCCUAAGAAAAGAGCUAAUGGCAAAUAUUAUCUACCUCCAGCAUGUUUCACAUUGAGUAAUGCGCAAAAAGAAAUGCUCUUACAAGUUUUAAGAGAUGUGAAUGUACCAGAUGGAUAUGCUUCAAAUAUCUCACAUUGUGUUAAUAUUAAGCAACGCACUAUGCAUGGGUUGAAGAGUCAUAACUGCCAUAUUUUAAUGCAACAACUCCUUCCUUUUGCCUUGUGAGAUCUCCUUCCGAUGAAUGUCCUGAAGCCAUUGAUCGAAUUAAGUAACUUUUUUAGGGGCAUUUGUUCAACAGUUAUGAGCACAGGUGAGUUAGAAAAGCUCCAAGAUCGAGUUGCAAUAACCCUUUGUCAUUUGGAGAGAAUAUUUCCUUCAUCCUUUUUUGAUAUCAUGGAACAUCUAGUCGUCCAUUUAGCUGAAGAAGCAACGAUUGGUGGACCCUCACAAUAUCGUUCAAUGUGGUCAUUUGAAAGGUACUUGCUUACUCUUAAAAACUAUGUAAGGAGUACAAGUUGUCCAGAAGGUUCAAUUGCAGAGGGAUAUUGGAUAGAAGAGUGCAUGACGUUCUGCUCAAGAUAUCUACAUGAUGUGGAGACAAAGUUGAGUAGGCCUUUAAGAAAUUAUGCUUCGUCUAAUGAAGCAGCUAACCAAGAGGGUCGCCGAUCAAGUAAAGAGAUAGGGUUUAGGCUUGAUGACAUUACACACGCCCAAGCACGCAGAUAUGUUUAAUUUAAUUCUGCCUCCACAACUCCAUAUCGCGAUGAGCAUAUAAAAGAAAUCAAGAAGGCCAAUCCUCGUCUAUCCAGACAUCAAGUGGAUCGGAUUCACAAUGAAAAAUUUCACAUAUGGUUUAGCAAAACACGUUGAGAAGAUACAUAUGGCCAGUGAGCAAAUAUCUGAAAAAAUUCAAUAUUUAGCUAUUGGUCCAUCAAAGCAAGCAAAAAGGAUGACUGAAUAUAUAAGUAAUGAGAUUAGAUACUUAACAAAGUCUCGUGAUGCCCGGCGUAAAACUCAAAAUAGUGGAAUUAUGGUAAAGGCUACAACUCAAAGUUAUGCAAGCGCAAGAGAUAAAAAUCCCAUAUUGGCAGAAAUCUCUUUUUAUUGGGUCCUGACAAGCAUAAUUGAGUUAUAUUAUUCCAAGAAGUUCAAAUUUGUAUUGUUUGGCUGUCAAUGGGUGGACAAUAAUAAGGGGCUUAUCGAGAAAGAUGAUUAUGGAUUCACUCUUGUGAAUUUUAAUCAUCUACUCUACACAAUGCAUUAGUUAUCAAGUGAACCUUUUAUCUUUGCUUCUCAAGCUCAACAGGUGUUUUAUGUCCAUCAUUCAAUGGCAGAUGAGUGGCAAAUUGUUGUCAAACUUAAGCCACGAGGUUUUUACGAUUUAGGUGAAAACACACAAGCAACUGGGCAUAUGGAUGGCCAUAUGGAAUUGUGGCCUGAGCAACAACUAGAUGAUACUACAUUUGAAAGUGAAGAAGACAUUGAAUGGGUUAGGGAAGGAGUGCCGGGAACAGAAAUUGACCCACAAACUAUGGAAAGUACUGAAGCAUUUGAUGAAGAUUACGAUAUAUCUUAGUUCUUAAUAUUAUUUAGUAUUAUUACUAUUUUAGUAAAGAUGGUUAUUCAAUAGAGAACAAAUUGAUAUUUCUUACUAUGUCAUUCAGUCGUUUAAAUCCCUUAUGCUUACAUGUCUUAUUGUUUGACUUGGUAAUUAGAUAUUAUUUCAUGCUUUUGGAUAGUAGAAAUUAUUUUUCAAUAUGACAAGAAUCUAACUUUUGAGC